UUCUGUGACUCUGUGAUCUCCACCCUCGGGGAACACAUCAGAAGAGGCCCAGAGCCAACUGGAUCCAGCUCUGGGGUGCGACAGCUCCCGGCCCCAUUUACCGGCUGCCUCCCUACCGAGACCCCACCGGAGGGCCGCAUGGCAAAAGCGCACGGGGGUCGGCACUAAGCUCUCGAACGCCCCGCGGGCUCCCGGCGGCCCAGACCCCAGACCCCGGAUCCCAGACCCCAGACCCCAGACCCCGGACCCCAGACCCCAGAGCCCUUCCCAGCCUCGGCCCUCAGCGCAGCCCCGUACCGCCAUGACAGGGCCGGGCGGCCCGGCGGGAGGGGCGGCGGCGGCCAUUGGCUGGGCCCCGCGCUACCGCCACCGCCUCCCGGUGCGGAGAAUGGAGGCGCCGCCGACUCGGGGCUUCUCUGAAGAGCAGUUUCGGGCCGCCUGCCGGGAGCUGGACCAGCCGGCGCCGGUGGCGCCCUGGCAGCUCCUGGUGGAGAGCAUGGGCGUCAGGAUCUACCGGCUGUACGACGAGCAAUCAGGACUUUAUGAGUAUAAAAUCUUCGGUGGGCUUGCUGACUGUCCCCCAAAACUGUGCGCAGAUGUCUAUAUGGAUUUAGAUUUCAGAAAACAAUGGGACCAGUAUGUUAAAGAACUGUAUGAGAAAACUUACGACGGUGAAAAAAUAAUCUGCUGGGAAGUGAAGUACCCUUUUCCUCUCUCAAACAGAGAUUAUGUCUAUAUUCGUGAAUGUCAAGAGAUGGAUUUUGAUGGGCGGAAGAUCUGGGUUGUGUUAGCUCAAAGUGUGUCUGUUCCUCAGUGCCCUGAAAAGCCUGGUAUUAUCAGAGUUAAAAGUUAUAAACAAAGUCUGGCAAUUGAAAGUGAUGGCAAGACCGGAUCUAAAGUCUAUAUGUACUAUUUUGAUAACCCUGGUGGCAUGAUUCCAUCAUGGCUGGUCAAUUGGGCUGCCAAGAGUGGCGUACCUGCUUUCUUGAAGGAUAUGCAAAAAGCUUGCCGUAAUUAUUCUAAGAGAACAUAAGUCACAUUUGAUCUGAAUUAUUUAAUUCCUAAAGUACUGCACUUACAGGAAUGGCUAUUAUACACUGGAUAAAAUCUACCUCUAACAUUGGAAAUAAUUUUAUUUUUGUUGGUUUAUGCCUUGAAUCUUGUUAGACCUUUGUUUCCAUCUCCAAGUGAAGAGCUAGCCUCCACCAAGUUAAUACAACAUCAGCUGCCUCCUUUUCAUAGUACUUAAAUUUUGUCAUGUCCCCCAUGCUUUGCUUACGCUGAUUGCCAUAGGUCAGCUAGAGGAGUUUUAUUGAUUAAAAUAUUACAUCCUCAGGCAAGAGAUGAUGAUUUUCACUAGGAAAAAUGUCUGAACUUGUACUGAAAAUUUUCUGCCUGGAUCUGUCUUUGUGGCCUUGCAGGGUGUCUUUGUACUGAAAUUGAAUAAUGGAUCUUGCAUUGCCUGGGAGGAAACACUUCUGCUACCUGAAUUUAUCAUUCUUAAAAUUGUCUGCAUGCUAUUAACCUAAAAACAAUACAGAGUGUGUAUAGGUAAAUUACGUGAAGUCUGCGGUAGGAGCUGGAACUUUGUUACUAAGCUUCCUUGUGAUGGCUUUAAGUCCAGAUAUAAAAGCACAUGUACCUAAAGCCUAGUGUUCACACCCAGUACCCCGAUAUGAAAAGUACAGAGCAUUAGCUGUGUCUAGCUAGCAAAAAGGGAGGAGUUGGCUUCCGUGGUUAAUUUAAGGGGAACACGUUACAUCUUCAGAGUCAGUAACUUCACUGACUGCUUGGAAAGCAGUUCGGACACCAACUCUUAAAUUGGAAGUAAUUUUAAACCGGAUGCCUGCAACUGAUUUAGACAUACUUGUUUCCCUGCUUGUGAAUGAACUUGAUAUGAAACUUGGGAUUGCUUGCAUUUUUAAAUUUCAUGCUGAUGUAAAGAAUGAAAAUGUUCAUUUUGGAUGGUAAUCCACUAAAAUCACAACUGAGCAGGAAAUUAAAUUUGCAGCAUCUUUGCAGGGGGAGUGCAUCAAGGGUGAGGGGGCCUCGAUCUCAGGGACGUAAAAUAUUCUGCAUCUUUACUAAAUCUGCUCCUGUUGUUGAACAGAUCUUGUAAUGGGGUAGCUUUAUAUUGUUAAAAAAGAAAUGGUUGAAGUGAUUGCCUUUAUACCUUAUGUGAAUGUUUCUAAUAAAUCAUUAUUCUAUCCGUGAA